UCUGUCGUCCAAUGGACGGACGGUUUGCGGUAUUGGCUCCAAUUUUCCAUACUGUUAGCCGAGUAGCCCUAGAGUCUAGACGCUACACGUAAACACGACACAUCGACUCGAUCAUCGAUGUCAAAGUACAAAUACUGCUAAACACGUGAAUACUGAACAUCGUUUAGCCUGACUUUGCAGAAGUUAUCUACACAUUGCAUCAUUGUUGAAAAAAAAUUAUAGUUUAUAUCUGUUUAUGUGGUGAAUAAAUGUUCAUUUUAAACUCGAGAGUCUGUGAAACGCAAGUGUUUUGGAAGAUUUUUUUAAUUAAUUAUAUUUAAUCGAUUGGAGGCCAAACAAGAUGGCACCCAAUACAGUGGACGUGAAUGGAGUGCUGUUUGAGAGUGAUGCGGCAACUCCUGACAUGGCUCUACCAAUCACUCCAGUUCAGCAAGCAGACAGCAGUCCAAGGAAAUUUGUUUGGAGAAACAUCAUUGCAUUUACUUACUUGCACAUUGCUGCACUGUAUGGAGGAUACCUGUUCCUUUUCUCUGCAAAAUGGCAAACUGAUAUAUUUGCCUAUGUGCUUUAUGUGAUGUCUGGACUGGGCAUAACGGCAGGCGCCCACCGACUCUGGGCCCACAAGUCGUACAAGGCAAAAUGGCCGCUUCGCCUCAUCCUUGUCAUCUUUAACACUUUGGCAUUCCAGGACUCUGCCAUCGACUGGGCGCGCGACCACCGCAUGCACCACAAGUACUCGGAGACGGACGCCGACCCCCACAACGCCACCCGCGGCUUCUUCUUCUCCCACAUCGGCUGGCUGCUGGUGAGGAAGCACCCCGAGCUCAAGCGGAAGGGCAAGGGGCUCGACCUGAGCGACUUGUACGCGGACCCCAUAUUGCGCUUCCAGAAGAAGUACUAUCUACUCCUCAUGCCGAUCGCCUGCUUCAUACUGCCGACAGUGAUACCGGUGUACUACUGGGGCGAGACGUGGCUCAACGCCUACUUCGUGGCCGCAAUGUUCCGGUAUGCGUUCAUCCUCAACGUCACAUGGUUAGUGAACUCCGCUGCCCACAAGUGGGGCGACAAGCCCUAUGACAAGAACAUCCAGCCUUCAGAAAACAUUUCAGUCUCAGUGUUCGCUCUUGGUGAAGGCUUCCACAACUACCACCACACUUUCCCAUGGGACUACAAAACCGCCGAACUGGGCAACAACAGGUUGAACUUCACCACCAACUUCAUCAACUUCUUCGCCAAAAUCGGCUGGGCCUACGACCUUAAGACAGUGUCAGACGAAAUUAUCCAGAACAGGGUAAAACGCACCGGCGACGGCACUCAUCAUCUGUGGGGUUGGGGCGACAAGGAUCACUCGGCUGAGGAAAUCAAAGCCGCUAUAAGAAUUAACCCCAAGGACGAGAAAGAUGAUUAAAUAGUUGCAAAUUAAUAACAAAGCUAAUAGCAAACUAAACACAAAAUAACAAUAGCACAAUAAAAGUCCAUUCGUACGUCACAUUUCUGUUGACCGAGAUUUGAUGUGUCAUUGUAUAGAUUGUAUAACGUGAGCCUGCGAUAGCCAGACUGACCUUAUUUUGUGAAGACUGAAAGUUAGUCAGCCUAUGCUUCUGCCAUAACCCAUGGUAGCUAAUUAUUGAGCUUGGACUUUGGUGGUUUUUGAAGAAGGGUAAGAUAGUGUAAUCUAAAAUACGUAUUAGAGACGUUCACUCAUCUGUUUAUUGGGUAAAAAGUGUUUUUUAUCAAAACUAGGAUGGUGGGAAUAUAUUGAGAGUUGCCUCAAAAACUCCUGGCUAAUAGUUUGGCCAAGAAGUGUCUAAUUCGGAUCUUCUACUAGUAGUACUAAAACGUAAUUUUAGUACCACUAUCUUCUAUUAUCUAUGGGAUAUUAUGAGGAAUCAUGUCUUCAGUCGCCAGUACUUUAUCUUCACACAACACAUCGCUAGAGACCUUUGAAAUUUGAUCUUUACCUGUGUUUUUCAAAUUGCCUCGAAGCUAAUUGGCGACUCAUUGAUUCUCAUGUGUUUUCAUUCAGCUCUGAAAUAUCCUAUAUGGUAGGACCAUAGGCUGACAAAUUUUCAUUCCGCCGAGGGAUAUUCUAUGAGCCAUAGGCUUACAAAUUUUCAUUCAGCUGUGGAAUAUUCUAUAUUACCAUAGGUUGAGAAAUUUUCAGCCUUCAUAAUAUUUUAUGUCUCGCUAUGUCAGGCCUUAUCUUACUCCAUUAAGUAACUAAACUAACAAGAUUAAUUCUGUUAAGAUGUUAGAUAAAGUGUCGUCAUAUGUUAUCAAUUCCCUCUGACCUUUCCAUCUAGCGCCAUAUCGAGCCAGUAAAACUGCAACGUAGAUUUUUUUAUGUCGUAUUUAUUGCGUCACUUAAAAUCGAUUAUUCAUAAAUAAUAAAAUUAUUUAUUAUAAUAUUGAUAAUAAUCUACACAACAUGGACAUGGCGGGGAACUGGGUAGAGGCAACUAAAUGUUGUAACCAGUUGAUGAAAGGUCAAAACCUUUUAAACUGGGAUUUUAACGGAUGGCCCUUAAAAAUAAUUGAUGUGAUCUUUAUCUAUAAAAAGAAAAAUAAUCAAGAUUUCUUGAAAUGUUUUUUAUUUAAUAAUUUUAAAAUAUUAUAUUUUGAUCUUAACACUGUUGAGGUCGAAUUCGCAAGGCUAUCGAGAUAACCAUUUUUGAAAUUGCAAUUUAUUUUUUAUUUGUAAUUUAUUAUUCGAUUAACACAUUAUACUGUUCAAUUUAACCUUAACGAAUCGAGGAAAAAAGUAAUUUAUCACAAACAUACUGUUAAAUUAUGAAACAAGGAAAUAUUUAAACAAAUUGUGACGAACAACUAUAAUAAAGAAUUGUUGUAAAAUUAGAAUUAAUAUAAUGGAUUUAAUAAAAAUUAUACAUAUAAUGUUUCUAAGCACGAAAUCUUUACAAAUGGAUCUGAAUAUAACAAGGUUUCUUGUAGCCUUGCAAAUAAUCGAAUAAAAAUAUGAAAUGUUACAAAAAAUAUCGAAUAAAAAAAUCUUAAGGCUUCCUAUUAGAUUCUAUCGAGGUUUUACUUGGGUUAGCUAAAAUCGUUUGAUAUAUUUUAGCAUUAAAAAUGUCGUUAGAGGGACUGAAUAUAUAAAAACAAACAGUUUUUAUGUAUUUAUAACCCAGGCGUAUUAUGUAGUUUGCAUAAUCUUUAGUGUAAACAUUCACUACGUGAGUAUGUUUGUUUAUAAGCAUUAUAAACAGAAAUAGUGUAAUGGCGCCUUUAGUAUAUUUAUAAAUAUGUAUUUUUUAACUCAAGGUAUUAUGGUAAACAAUGAUGUUUUUAUGGAUUUACUAAUACAUAGAAAACUGGUCAAGUGAGCUUAGGAUGUGAAACCUUUAUUAAUAAAACCAAUAGGGACCCCGUUACUUUUGCAAUUACCUCUAAUGGUGUAGGUUUUUUAUAGGAAAAUGUUUGGUCAAUUCUUACCAAUCUUGGUAGUACUCUUUAAUAAAAUGCGGUUUUCCUACGCAUAUCCCGAUCCCGGAGGAAUUUUAGCUGAAAUGCCGUAUUUCCACCGGAUAACGGAGGGAUUUCGGGAUUAAAAACAGCCCUUUUCCUCAAUAACUUCCUCUAUCUUCUAGUGAAACCAUUAAACUUGGUUCAGGCAUUCCAGCGAUUAACCCUGGGACAAAAAUAAUUAACUUAACUUGAUUUAAACGCCCCGCCUCUAUCAGGAUUACAAUCAUUCCAAAUACUUAGUUGUGACCUAUUUACAUAAGCAAAACGCAUUUACACCAGGUUAUUUGAUAAACUGGGUAAAUGAUCCUCUUCAAGUGAAAGAUAAGUUGAAGCAAUAUAAGCCUAACGUGGCCAAGAAUGAGACAUAUAUCCCAUAUACAAGUAUAUAUUUACGAGUAUUUAUUUUACCUUCCUUGGCCAGUGGGGGAAAAAAAUAUUUCUUGUUUAGCAUUGUUUAUUAUAAUACAAUUUGUUAAUUAGAGUGCGCGCAGGAUAAGUCUGCUCGCGACUAGUGGCGCUCUUGAUGCCAGCUAGGCGAUCUCUUUUAGUCACCUAGAGAGGGAUAGAGAAGCUCAACGGAAAGAGCGGUCGGACUCAUCACCGAGGGGUGGUGGUUCGAUCUCCGCCCCGUUGGUCUAUUGUUGUACCCACUCCUAACCUAAUACAGUCUUUCCCGACUAGUUGGAGAGGAAUGCGAAUAUUGGUCAUAAAAAAAGAGAUAGACGACAAUAUGGCGGCAUUUGAUUAGUUCUUGAUUUUGGCCACGCGUAAACUUAUCGUGUGCGCUCUCUAUGCGAUAGAAGCUUUCUAGCGCGCUAUGAUUAGUGAAUAUAUUUUCUGCUGAAUGCAUAAUAUCUAACUUAUUUUACGUGUAAGUAAUUCUGAGUUUAUAUAGAGUGAUCAUUUUAGGUAACACAUCAGUAUUAUACACCGCAUACAAAAAUAACAAUGGGUAUUUUGUCACUAGUCGUCGUAUGCAUUUGUAGCACAUUUUUUUUUUAUAAAAACAUUAUUAUAUUUGUUACCUAUAAUAAUAACGCAACACCCAGUGAGUUAUUUUUGUCUGUUCGAAUAUUUUAAAUGUUAUAGGUUGUACGUGUUUAGUGUAUCGUAACGAUGUGGUCUGUGAGACUAACCGUAGGCAUUGUACGAUACCUGUGGCGAUGUAUGGGUUAAGUACGUGACUAGUUUCACGUCGGCGCAGGGGGUGCGGGGUAUGACGUCAUAAGUGAGCGGGUGCUAAUGAGUGAGGAGUGUCCUUCAUUCAUUGCCUGAUAGUUUUCUCGCCCGCGAGAGGAGCGACAGGGGCGCUCCCCUCUGUUGCCAUACCUCGUAAGGGUUUACACACAUAUCAACCGGAAAACGGAUGAUAAUCGUAUUGCUCAAGCGUCGAAUCGUCUACGGCUCGCCGAUCGCAGGUUGACGGCCAGGCGAUACGCGGGAGGGGUUUUUGGGGUUGGACUAUUCCGAUAGAAAAUUAUUUUGGAGGUGAACUACAAUGCCUAUGAUUUUGGACUGAUGUGUAAAGGUAAAUGUGAUAUGGUAGGUAAGUAAAGUAGGAAAGAAAAUGUUAUAUCGUUGUCAUCAAUGGAAUGUCGUAUUUAAUAUUUAUUAUUUGUUUAAACAAAAGCACAAAUGAAAAAUACAAAAACACUUAUUCAUAUUAAUACUUAAUAGCAAGUAAAUAGAUAUUUUAACUGUCAUCCCAUUGUUUUUUAAACUCAGGUUAAGCUUGCUUCAAACGGUGAUGAAUAUUAAAGGUGAAAAUUGUGUCUUAACUAUUGGACUAUUUGUUAAAAACACUAAUAUAUUUGACGCCGUGUGAAGUGAGCACUAUAGUUGUUAAUAAUAAUAAUAAUUAAUUAGGCUUAGGCCUACACUGCUGUUCUUAAAUUAUACCAGUGCAAAAUUA